UAUAGCCACAAUGGCCACGUCAUCCGAAGAAGUAUUAUUGAUUGUAAAGAAGGUACGUCAGAAGAAGCAGGAUGGAGCUCUCUACCUUAUGGCUGAAAGGAUAGCAUGGGCACCUGAAGGCAAAGACCGAUUCACAGUCAGCCACAUGUAUGCAGACAUAAAAUGCCAGAAAAUCAGUCCAGAAGGUAAAGCUAAAAUUCAGCUUCAGCUAGUAUUGCAUGCAGGGGACACAACCAACUUUCACUUCUCCAAUGAAAGCACAGCAGUGAAGGAGCGAGAUGCGGUAAAGGAUCUUCUUCAGCAACUGUUGCCCAAGUUCAAAAAAAAAGCUAAUAAAGAACUUGAGGAGAAGAACAGAAUGCUGCAAGAAGAUCCUGUUUUGUUUCAGCUCUAUAAAGACCUUGUUGUGAGCCAAGUAAUCAGUGCUGAAGAAUUCUGGGCCAACCGUUUAAGCCUGAAUGCAGGGGAUAAUUCUGCAGCACCUAGUAAGCAGGAUGUGGGCAUCUCUGCAGCAUUUCUGGCUGAUGUACGGCCUCAAACAGAUGGCUGCAAUGGUCUGAGGUAUAAUUUGACUUCAGAUAUCAUUGAGUCCAUAUUUCGAACAUAUCCUGCAGUAAAAAUGAAAUAUGCAGAAAAUGUUCCACAUAACAUGACUGAGAAGGAAUUCUGGACUCGAUUUUUUCAGUCUCAUUAUUUCCAUCGGGACAGGCUCAAUACAGGCUCAAAAGACCUCUUUGCGGAGUGUGCCAAACUGGAUGAAAAAGGUUUGAAGACAAUGGUGUCUCAAGGAGUAAAAAACCCUCUGAUAGAUUUAACAGCUUUGGAAGAUAAAACAUUAGAUGAAGGCUAUGGUGUUGCUUCUGUGGCCUCUACAUCAAAUGCCUCAAAAUCUGCUAGAGAAAGUAGCAACGCUGCCAUUAUAAAACGCUUUAAUCAUCAUAGUGCCAUGGUCCUUGCAGCUGGUCUCAGGAAACAAGAAGCACAAAAUGACCAUUACAGUGAGACCAGCAGUACGGAUGGAAACUCCAGGGAUUCAGAUUUCUUUCAACCACCAUUGAAAAAGGUGAAACUGCAGGAGUCCAUUGAAUAUGAAGAUUUAUCAAAGAAUAAUAGCAUUAAAACUAUUGCACUAAACUUAAAGAAGUCUGAUAGGUAUUACCAUGGUCCAACUCCAAUUCAAUCACAGCAAUAUGCAACCAGUCAGGAUAUAAUUAAUUCUUUUAAUAGUAUUAGGCAAGAAAUGGAAGCUUAUGUACCCAAACUAACUCAGGUUCUUUCAAGUAGUGAUGCUACUAGCACUAUUGCAGCCCUGUCACCUGGAGGAGCACUUAUGCAGGGUGGAACACAGCAAGCCAUAAACCAGAUGGUGCCAAAUGACGUUCAGUCUGAACUAAAACACUUGUACGUGGCAGUGGGGGAACUGCUACGACACUUCUGGUCCUGCUUUCCUGUUAACACGCCAUUCCUAGAAGAAAAG